AUGAUCGCACCUUCUAUUCUCCUCACUUCUCUUCUCGCAUUCGUUGCGGGAACUAGCGCUGUGCCUGCAUUAUCUGCCCGCGGCGGCAGCGGUGACACGUGCAGUUCGACGGGUGCAGACUGCAACACGGGCUCCGUCUCGUGCUGCCAAAGCACAUAUUCAUCCGACAGCGCUACAGUGGGCACGCUCACAAGCUUGCUGGGCAUCGUGCUUGGGCCCGUUGAGGGGUCCGUUGGACUGGGCUGCAGCCCCAUCAGUGUCAUCGGCGCCGGCAGCGGCGCGACGUGUAACCAAGAGCCCGUCUGCUGCAGUGGCAACACAUACAACGGCCUCAUUAACAUUGGGUGCUCACCCAUCAACAUUUACUUGUAA